AUGUUUGAUGACUGGUAUAAUGACCCUUUCUUCAAUGAAAGACAGUCAAAUCCGCAUCGUGAUAUCUUCUCCCAUAUAAAUGAAACCUUUAGAGAGUUUGACAGGCAUAUGGAUAAUAUGAUGCACCAAGCAUUUGCUAAUUUUGGCAGAAUUCCGUUUGGAAUCGAAGACGAUCGUCAAUCCAGAUCACACCGCCAUGAAAUAGGCAUGGAUAAUUCAAGAACUUCAACACGUCACACACCACAGGUUGAAGAAGUUGAUGAUUCUUCAGAUUUUUCGCAAUCAAGAGCAUCGAGAGCACCACGUGUUGAAGAGCCAGAUGAUUUCUCACAUUCUAGCCCCAAACCAAAGAAAGAUUAUUCCGUUGGAAAAUAUUCGAACACAAGAUCGAAUGAUUUCAGCAGUCCAUUUGGUGGAAAUGGCCAAUCUUACUACUACUGCUCAUCUUCAGUUAGCUAUUCUAAUGGAGAUGGAACUGUUAGCACGAAAAGAAAAGAUAUGGAUUCAACUGGUAAGACUCAUAUGGCAGAAAUGCGCAGAAUGGGUGACAAAACAGUUGUUUACGAUAGAAAGAUUGAUUCUGAUGGAAAAACAUAUGAUUCCAGAAAGAUUCACGGAAUGAACGAAGAUGAAGUUGAUUCAUUCAACCAAAAGUGGGAUUCACGUGUAAGAGAAGAUCCUUUCUUAAACAGAAGUAACAGAAAUGGCCUUGGUUACGCUCCAAGAAAGAAUGACUCAAAUGCUCUUGGAUAUGACUCAGGUCAUCAUAGCGGAUCAAGACAUGGCCAUAGACACUAA